AUGCCUCGUCUCGAAGAGUGGGAAAUCAAAAAGUACUGGGAGAUUUUCCAAGGCUUACAGCCGAAAGACAACAAGCUCACAGGCGACCGUGUCCUGCCUGUUCUUAAAAACUCUCGCUUGCCCGAAGCGCAGUUGGCGCGAUUGUGGGAUUUGGCGGAUAUCGACAGCGAUGGAACAUUGGACUUUGAGGAGUUUUGCAUUGCCAUGCGCUUGAUCUUCGACUUGGUCAACGGGAACAUGGACGACGUGCCAGCCGAGUUGCCUGCGUGGUUGGUGCCGCAGCUGAAGCGCCACUUGAUCGACGCCAACAAAGCCGUGGCCACCGGGCGAUUCGAGGACAACGGCGAGGCCGACGACACGGGAGACGACGACGACACCCUCUCCGACAACUUUGACUGGUACAUUUCUCCGACGGACCGUGCCACGUACGAAAGCAUCUACAAUGCCAACAGCGACUCGUAUGGACGAGUGCGGUUCGAGUCGUUGAACGGCUUGUACAGCACGCUCAGCAAAGUUCCCCGCACAGACAUCCUGCUGGCGUGGAACCUUGUGAACCCAAAACAGUUUGAGACCAUCGACAAGGACCAGGCGCUUGUGUUUUUGCACAUGUUGAACCAGCGCGAGCACGGCAAGCGGAUUCCGCGGGGCGUUCCAGCGCUGUUACGGGCGACCUUCUCCAAGGAGGUGCCCCGCUACGACUUGAGUGCCGUGGACAAGAAAGUCAGCGAGCCCAGCGCAAACGACCGCGACGCUUUCGGCGCAAGCUACUUGAGCAAGAUUGGGCAGGGCCACCAUGCGGAGCGCGGCACGGAUUUUUCAGCCACCGAAGGAACCGACUGGGAAGAGGUGCGGUUGCGGCGCGAGCUUGCGGACUUGGAGGCGCUUUUGACGCGGGCGCAGAGCGAAACGUCGCAAGGCGCAAGCGAGCUGGCGGCGCGGCGGUUUGAGUUUGAGCAGUUGCUCAAGCACAAGCAGGAGCGUUUGGCGCAGGCGCGCGCGGCGCCGGGCAAAAACUUGGCCGACGUGCGCGCAGACGUGGACUUGAUCGAGUCGCAGGUGCAGACGUUGGAGGAAUUUUUGGCGCGGAAGCAGCGCGAGUUGGCGGAAUUGCGCGCGCAGCUCGCACAAUAG